AUGGACGGCCUACCAACCGUUCUCUUUGUUCACGGCGCGUGGCAUGCAAGUGAACACUUCGCACCUGUUCAAAGUGAACUCGCUUCCCAUGGCUACAGCAUCAAAGCUGUUCAACUUCCCUCUUCGACAGACGGUAAUAACUACAUACAAGGCAUCGACGAAGAUGUUGAAGCAAUCCAGAAUACGCUCAGUGACAUCGUCCUAACGGACGGCGACAUCGUCCUUGUUAUGCACUCUUACGGCGGCAUCCCAGGUAGUUCGGCGGCCAAAGGUUUUUCCAAACCAGAACGUCUCGCAAAAGGAGAAAAUGGCGGGAUAAUCCACCUGAUCUACAUAGCCUCGUUUGCUCUUGAGGAGGGUCUGUGUCUCAUCGAUGGAAUUGGCGGGCAGUUGGCACCCUGGGUCAAAGUUCAUGUACUUGCACUCUACUUUUGCCUUCUCCCUCCCGCUUUCGAAGCAGUCGGGCUAAUAACCUCGAUCCAGGGCGAAAACACAUACAUGACGCCAAAAAAUCCCCGUGACGUAUUUUACAAUGACCUCUCGGACUCUGAGGCUGCACUUUGGAUUUCCGAACUUCGAAAACAGGCGACCAAGUCGUUUGUUGCACCAACAACAUACGCGGCGUGGAAGCAUAUCCCCUCAACCUACGUUAUCUGCGAAAGGGACAACGCAUUCCCUUCGUUCGCACAGGAAAUGCUAGUUUCGCAGCAGGGCGCGAAGUUCAACGUGAUCCGCUUCGAGGAUUCUGGUCAUUCUCCUUUUCUUAGCAAACCUCAAGAGACAGCAAAAGUAAUCAGGAAGGCGGCCGGGGAGUGUAAAUGA